UCAAAUAGCAAAACAAUCUUUUUGCCGAUAUGAAGCGACCUCUUCAGGGAGUGAGUUUUCACGAUGGCGACGAAUAGGGUUAAGGCGAGAGAAACCAAAAGUGGCGAAAUAAUCGCUUACAGUGAGUCUGCAAUUAGGAAUAAUGCCUCGGCCGUGGAGUAUUGUCGCACCUCCAUGGCAGCUUUAUCGGGAAGCACUGCAGGCAUCUUGGGCCUCACGGGAAUCAUAGGAUUUCUCUUCUACCUGUUCGCUGUCUUUGGCCUCUGGUUCCUGCUGUUGUCCAAGUCCGGGACAAAUUGGCAGAAGUAUUUCAUCAGUCGAAGAAGUCUGCUGACCAACGGAUUCAUGGGAGGAUUGUGCACUUAUGUCCUUUUCUGGACAUUCCUCUACGGCAUGGUUCACGUUUACUAGCAUAUUUGCCUUCAAUUCCACGUAUUUCUAUGCAAUUUCAAUAAAUUAUAUGAUUCU